AUGUGGGUGUCCACAGAGACCUCCACAGCCAUGGCGCUCCUUUUCUCAGCGCUGGCUGCUCUCGCCCUCGCCGGACCCGCCGCUUCCAAAGGCGCGGCGGAGCUGCGGGUGACCUGCGAUGCCACGGGCGGCUUCAAGGUAUCCCUAGAUGGCAUGCCUUGGCUGGAGAGUGGCGAGGUGCGGGUGGGCAACCUCAGCUCCAGCGCGGGGCUGCAGGUGGCGGGGCGCCGGAAGUUCCAGAGCCAGGAUGCGCUGGGGCGCUACACCGGCGAGACCUUUGCAUGGGCGCACACCAAGCAGAACGAGUCAGAGGUGGUGAUGGAGACUACCGUGAAGAGCUACGAGGACGAUUCCCUGGUGGUCUUCGAGCAGCACUUUCCGAAGGCACUGCCAGUGAAUGCCGCGCCCUGGGGCACGAAGAUGUCAGCGCCUGCCACGCUCUUCCCCUCCUUCCGCACCUCUGAUUUGGAUUGCUUCGCCUACCACGGGGUCUUCCCGUCCCUGCGCCGCUGCAAGCUCAGCAGCUACGCGCCCAGCCACCAGGGCGGCGCGCCGCUGGUCUUGUACCAGGCGAAGGCCAGGGGCGAGAAGUCCUUGAUGACGGUCUUCGCCCCGCUCGGCACGCCCAAGGCGCAACACAUGUUCGCGGGGGACGGUUUGGUGGGCGCCGGGGUCAAAGGCACGGUGACCCAAAUCCCUGCGGGCUGGCGCCAGCGCUUUGUGCUCUCCGCGGGGAAGGGGAUCCUGGAUGGGAUGAUGGCGUGGGGCGACCACGUGCUGAAGUUCACGGGGAAGCCGCGGGCCGACAUGUACCGAGACGAUGUGGUCGGCAGCAUUGGCUUCUGGACGGACAACGGUGGCUACUAUCAUUAUGCCACCGGCAGCAACGCCACAUAUGAGGAAGUGCUGCCAAAGGUGAAGGCGUAUCACGACUCUUUGGGGGUGCCCUUCAAGCACUGGCAGUUUGAUUCCUGGUUCUACCCCAAGGACGGCUCCGUGGACCCCGGCGGCGGCGGCGGUGCGGUGGUGAACUGGACAGCGCUGGCCUCGGUGUUCCCGCGGGGUAUGGCUUACAUCCAGUCGCAGCUCCAAGUGCCCAUGGUGAUGCACAAUCGCCAGUGGUCGCCUGCCUCGGACUACAUCAAGCAUGAGCCCUUCAAGUGGUACGCCUCGAAAAAGGCCGCGGUGCCGCAAGAUCCGGAGGCAUUCUUCAGGUGGUUCUUCACGCAGCAGGAGGGCUGGGGCCUGGCGAUGUACGAGCAGGACUGGAUGUGCACGGAGUACGACACCGUGGAGGCGCUGCAGAGCAACGUGUCGCUGGCCGACGAGUGGCUGCGCGGCAUGGCGGUGGGCGCCGCCAGCAGCAACCGCACCGUCCAGUACUGCAUGCCGUACCCCUACGAUGUGCUGUCAGCUUCGGCCUACCCAGCAGUGACCAAUGCACGUGCAACAGAUGACUACAUCGCCAGAGACAAGCAGUGGGCCAUCGGCGCAACGUCCAUGUUCUACUGGGCGAUCGGGAUCCUCCCGUUCAAAGAUGGCUUCUACUCAAGCAACUUGCCGCAAAAGGGGGGCCAGAUUGUGGGCCCAGAGACGAAGCCCAACCGCGCGGCCUUGAUGGCUGUCCUGUCAGGCGCGAUGGUCGGGCCAAUGGACGGCAUCAAUUUGCUGAACGCCUCGAGGGUGAUGUCCACGUGCCGCGGAGAUGGCCGAGUGCUGAAGCCGGACAGGCCUUUGGUGCCCUGGGAGUCCUGCUUCGCCGCAGGUGUCGACCCAGCAAGCUGCCACAACUACUUCAGCUACUCAGACAUCAAGGGCUGGGGCAGAGUCUUCUACGUCUUUAUGGACGCUCCGGGCCAGCUGCAACUCCAAGACAUCAUGCCAGGACCGUGGGCAAGCGCCUAUGCUGUCUAUGACUGGUACGCCUCCACCUUGACCUGGCUCAACACAGAGACGCUGCAGCUUCAUGCGGGCUACGAGGGUCACGGCUACGCAGUGGUUUCUCCAGUGAUCGGCGGAUGGGCGCUAAUCGGUGAGCGAGCCAAGCUGGUCCCCACCAGCACUUUGCGUCUUCGCGUGGAAAAGGUCUCCGACGGAGGGCUCACCGUGGAGGUGGUCGGGGCUGCCAAAGAGCAUGUGGAAGUCUGCGCGGCGGAGAUGAGCUCGAAGCAGACCAUGUGCUCCCGGGUCUACUUCGAGAAGGAGGGCGUCGCCACAGUCCACUUUGAAACGCCGCAGCUUACCUUUGUUUGAAUGAUCCUCGGCAUCUGCCUGGCGAUUUGGGAAGAUGAGAUGCUUCAGGCACCGAGUUGGUGGCUUGGAUUGGUG